AUGAUAGCAAUAUUUGUAUUAGUCGUACUUUUCACUCCUUUUCGAUGCCUUUUGGAUGCCAUUGAGGCUCCCAAAUGUGCACCAUCUCCAAAAGCAAGUGAGAUUCGUCAGUAUCUAUCUACUUCCUCCAUCGUUCUACAUGCUCGGCUUCAGGAGAUGAUCCCACUAAAGGAUGAUCAAGAAUUUGACGUAGUAAUUCUAGUAACUCAAGUCCUGGCAAAGCCUGCAGGUGUUAAUAUACCUCCGAGGGUGGCGCUUCGACGUUUCUUCAUACCCUCAAACAAAUCCUCUUCUUCCCCCUCAUCCGGCUCAACUUUUGAUUCAUUCCAUCAAAGGUUCGGCUGUUUGGAGGCCUUCAAACCAAAUGCAAAGUACACCUUCUUGUUAGCGGAUACGGGAGAAAUCGUGGUUCAGCGAAGAAUUGUAUUGCCUGUCUUCGCUCUUUCUGGACCGUCGCUGACCUUCAGCGAAGAGGUGACGGCCGAAAUCCUACAAUAUCUAUGUAGAACAUGCUACUCCCCACAAGUGAAUACGUUUGAGCCGCAAAUUCUUCCUUUUGGCGAGGAUUUCAAUGCCACCUGUGUGGCGAAUGGAGAUCCGUUGCCACACGUAAUGUGGUACAAAGACAGUUAUCCCGUUGACAUAGCGGCGAAUGGUCGUAAUGUCAGGGUGGAAAUUGUUCAAACUAGCAGUCACGUCAGAGAAGCAAUCCUGGAAAUAGACAAUCUCGUUCUGUUGGACAACGGCGAUUACGUAUGCAAAGCGAGUAACCCUCUCGGUUCCACACAAUCGCUUCUACAAUUGCGAGUAUCAACCGCUGGAGUCUCGUUAACCGACCAGGAGAUUGCCAUGGAAUCCAGAGAUUUGGUGCCUUGUCCAGCCGACGAAAACCACUGUUUCAACGAUGGCGAGUGCUUUGCUAAGAAGUCGAAUCCACUGGAGCGCAGAUGCAAAUGCAAAGACGGUUUCAUGGGGGAUCAGUGCCAAUUUCGUACCAGUGGAAUCGUUUUUUCAACAAUGUCCGUGGGAAAUGCGAACACCAUUUGGUUGCAAACGCUUCUCCAAUUCGCCUUCUUUGGCCUCUUCGGUCUGAUCGUGGUUGGAAUUAUCCUCGCCUUUCGACGCAAAGAUCUGCGUGCCAAGAAUAUGACCUCCUUUCGAUGGUUUCUCCACCUCCUGGCUGUUUCUCAAGAAGAAAUUUAUCCAGCUGUAUCGGCUUUGAGUAUGUGCACCUCUGCCAUAGUAGUUUUUCGGCUGUCACCAAGUAGAAAAUUGCGUUUUCAGUACACACAGACAAAGCGAGCGCAGCCUUACGGGAAUGAAGUGACACCUGCUCUGGAGGCAGGCAGUGGGCAGCAAGUGAAUCGCCAGGGUUUACCGAGGUUGUCUUUGCGAAAACGCAAAAUAAUGCUCGGGAAUGAAGUUCUCCUUAAAUCACAGUAUAUCCAAGUGAACACCAUUGAACCGCCCCCUCCACCAAUCAACUCCCCCAAUCCGUCAAAUCUACAGAUGCCCCGUCAGAAGGUCAAUUUUUUCGCCCCUGUGAUGCCACAAAUACCAAAUUAUACACGUCUUGACACCGGUGAAUUAAACUUCAACGCCUGCGGCGACUCAAAAGCAGUAUUCAAGACUGCUGGAUCGGAUUUGCCAACCACUGCUGCUGAUUUAGCACCUCGAGUUGGUCGAAAGAUCUACACUAAGCUAGAGGCAUGGACUCAAAGUUAUGGUGCAGAAGAAUGA